GCGUCACUUUCCAUCUUCCGUGCGUCUCAUAUUCUCGACCGGCCUUUACCAGCCCUAUUUGUCGGUUCUUUUCGAAAUAAAUUAAUCAAAAUGGCCUUCGCUGGCCAGGCACCCACUAUCAUUGUGCUUAAGGAGGGCACGGAUGCCUCCCAAGGAAAGGGUCAGAUCAUUUCUAAUAUCAAUGCCUGUGUUGCCGUGCAAUCUACCAUCAAGAGCACUCUCGGCCCAUAUGGAGGGGACUUGUUGCUUGUCGACGGCAACGGCAAGCAGACCAUUACGAACGAUGGAGCGACAGUAAUGAAACUCCUGGAUAUCGUGCACCCCGCCGCCCGCAUUCUUACGGAUAUCGCCCGAUCCCAAGAUGCCGAAGUAGGAGAUGGAACAACAUCGGUUGUUGUUCUGGCCGGUGAGAUACUCAAGGAAGUUCGUGAACUGGUUGAGCAAGGCGUGAGCGCACAGACAAUCAUUAAGGGUCUACGGAGGGGAAGUGCUAUGGCCGUCAACAAGGUGAAAGAAAUCGCAGUCGACAUGAUCGAUGCUGCCGGAAGCGAGGAGAAGAAGGUUGAAACUCUACGACGAUUGGCCGGAACCGCCAUGAACAGCAAGCUCAUCAAGCGCAACUCGGACUUCUUCACCAAGAUGGUGGUGAAUGCUGUGCUCUCACUCGACCAGGAUGAUCUUAACGAAAAGUUGAUUGGAAUCAAGAGAGUCACUGGCGGUGGUCUGCAAGAUUCCCUCUUUGUCAACGGUGUUGCCUUCAAGAAGACCUUCUCUUAUGCCGGUUUCGAACAGCAGCCGAAGUACUUCAAGGAUCCCAAGAUUGUUUGCUUGAACGUCGAGCUGGAGUUGAAGAGCGAAAAGGACAACGCCGAGGUGCGUGUCGAACAGGUGUCUGAAUACCAGGCCAUCGUCGAUGCGGAAUGGCAGAUCAUCUACAACAAGCUGGAGGCUAUCUACAAGACAGGGGCGAAGGUUGUUCUUAGCAAGUUGCCCAUCGGUGAUUUGGCUACGCAGUAUUUCGCUGACCGUGACAUCUUCUGCGCCGGUCGUGUUGCGUCGGACGAUAUGGACCGAGUGUGCCAGGCAACCGGUGCAGCCACACAGUCGACAUGCAGCGACAUCCAGGAGCGUCACUUGGGUACUUGCGGCAUCUUUGAGGAGCGCCAGAUUGGUGGCGAACGCUACAACCUGUUCUCUGAGUGCCCUGCCGCUAAGACAUGUACGCUUGUGCUGCGCGGUGGUGCGGAGCAGUUCAUUGCAGAAGUUGAGCGGAGUUUGCAUGACGCCAUCAUGAUUGUUAAGCGUGCUCUUCGGAACACGACCAUUGUCGCAGGUGGUGGUGCUACCGAGAUGGAGCUGUCGAGCUACAUGCACGGCUUCGCCGACCGCAACGUGCCUCACAAGCAGCAGGCCGUUGUCAAGGCAUUCGCCAAGGCCCUGGAGGUGAUCCCUCGUCAGCUGUGCGACAAUGCCGGCUUCGAUGCGACUGACAUCUUGAACCGUUUGCGCGUGGAGCACCGCAAGGGCAACGUCUGGGCCGGUGUGGACUUCGAUAACGAGGGCGUCCGUGAUAACAUGGUGGCAUUCGUGUGGGAACCUAGUCUGGUCAAGGUCAACGCCAUCCAAGCCGCGGUGGAGGCCGCUUGCUUGAUUCUGAGUGUAGAUGAGACUAUCAAGAACGAGGAGUCUGCCCAGCCUCAGGCCCCUGGCCGUGGACUUCCCCCGGGUGCUGCCCAACGGGCUCUUGGUGGAGGCAGAGGACGCGGCAUGCCCCGGCGGGGUCGGUAAAUCUAAUGCGUGAGAGGAAGGAUGCGACGUGGUUUGUGAUGAUGUUAGAAAACAAAAGCCAUGCAAUAGUUAGAAUCGCGGCCCGGUACUUUUAUUUGCUAUCAAUAAUGUUGUCAUGUUCAUAGAUUGAUGGAGAAGUGGAUAUCUGAAUAUGAUUCUAA